CUCUUGCUUCUGUAAAGAACUCAACCAAACCCAAAAAAAAACCCCAAGCAAAAUGGCAUUCAAGUUUGUCUUCGCUCUCGCCUUCGUCGCCGUUGCCAGCGCUGGCUACGUGCCCCAGGCUUACCACGCAGCUGCAGUUGCUGCCCCAGUUGCCACCUACGCUGCUGCUCCCGUCGCCGUUGCCCAGAAGGUGCUGGUCAAGUCCUCCGAUGAGACCUACGAUCCCCAUCCCCAGUACCGUUUCUCCUAUGGCGUCGAUGACAAACUGACUGGUGACAACAAAGCCCAAGUGGAGGAGCGCGAUGGUGAUGUCGUCCGUGGCGAGUACUCUCUGGUCGAUGCCGAUGGCUACAAGCGCACCGUCCAGUACACCGCCGAUCCCAUCAACGGCUUCAACGCUGUCGUCAACCGUGAACCCCUCGCUGUUGUGAAGACCAUCGCUGCUGCCCCAGUUGCUCACUACGCUGCCCCAGCUGUCGUCAAGACUGUCGCCCCAGUUGCUCACUAUGCCGCUCCAGCUGUUGCCCACUACGCCGCUCCCGCUGUUGUCAAGACCGUGGCUCCAGUUGCUCACUAUGCUGCCCCAGCUCCAGUGGCUCACUAUGCUGCCCCAGCUCACUAUGCUGCCCCAGCUGUGGUCAAGACCGUGUCUCCCGUUGCCCACUAUGCUGCCCCAGCUGCUCACUAUGCCAGCUAUGCCGCCCCCGCUGUUGCCUACCAUCAUUAAAGUGUUGAGUUGAGUCCUUGACUGUUGUGUGUACUAUAUAGAAUCGUUGCUCAUUUUACUGUACAUUUAUUUAUUGACAUUACAAUAAAACAAUGCA